AUGAUGCAUCCUUUCGUUACAUUCCUACCGGUUAUCUGCGCUCUUUUAACGGUCCAAGCAUGCCCUUCAUUAUUAUCACCAAUGCCAGGACCGCCGGGACAACCGGGGCCGAGUGGAGAUGAUGGGCCGAAGGGAGAUCCAGGACAGCCGGGCGAUCCAGGAAUCCGAGGAGCGGAAGGACAGCCUGGAUUGCCGGGACCGGA